AUGCUCCUGGCCCAGCCAGUCAUCGAGGUCUCCACAGCUCCCUCAAGUCGGGGAGGGAAAGAUGAUACCCUGGAUCGAGACAUGGAGAAACCGAGGUCCAGGAAGAUGCAGGAGCCCUUGGAAAAGUCAAAUCCCAGCAGCCCCACGGGCAUCCAGGCUGCCUUGCCUUCAACCCACCCCUGUUUCUUCCAUCUAAAACUGGGAGAAAUGAAUCAAGCAGACAGACUGGGGCCGCCUUCCUCUCCCCCUACUCUUCCUCCUUCACCCAGCUCCGACCGCGGCCUCACUCCCAUGGACGGGAAAGGGACCCGGCACCCCGGCAGGGAGACCGCUGGGCACCUCACCUUCCCGCUGCUGUCGGUCACGCUCCUGGUGUCCUUCGGCUCCUCCAUGCUCUACGGCUACAACCUGGCUGUGGUGAAUGCACCGGCAGCGCCCAUUAAGGCUUUCUACAAUGCCACGUGGUCCCGGCGGCAGGGGCACGGGCUGGCCCCCGGCCUCCUGACCCUCCUCUACUCCCUGACUGUCUCCAUCUUUGCCCUGGGCGGGCUGCUGGGCUCUGUGCUGGUAGGGGUGCUGGUGGCACACCGUGGCAGGAAUGGCACAUUGAGCUGCAGUGCUCUCCUCGUCCUCCUGGCCGGCGCUUCCAUGGGCUUCAGCCGGGACCUAGGGUCCCCUGAGAUGUUGAUUUUUGGCCGUUUCAUCAUGGGGGUCCACUCAGGCAUCUGCCUCAGCGUGGUGCCCCUGUACCUAGGAGAAGUCGCCCCCAGAAGCCUGCGGGGUCUCCUGGGCCUCAUGCCCAGCAUCUUCAUCUGCCUGGGGGUUUUCUCGGCACAGGUCCUGGGGCUCCCAGAGCUGCUGGGUGAGGACAGGUACUGGCCCCUUCUCCUGUCCGUGGUGGUCGUUCCUGCCUCCCUACAGCUCCUGCUGCUGCGCUGCUUCCCCGAGAGCCCGCGGUACCUGCUGAUAGAGAGGAACGACGUCCGUGGGGCCGCCGAGGCGCUGCGCUGGCUCCUGGGCACCACCGACGUGCAGGCCGAGAUGGAGGAGAUGAGGGAGGAGCAGCGGUCGCUCUCCUCCGUGGAGACCGUCUCCGUCUGGCAGCUGCUCCGGGACCGCUCCGUCCGCUGGCAAACCCUCUCCGUGGUGGUGGUGAACGCCGGCAUGCAGCUCUCCGGGAUCGACGCCAUCUGGUUUUACACCAACACCAUCUUCGAGGCUGCCGGCAUCCCGGCGCCCCAGAUCCCCUACGUCACCGUGGGCACCGGCGCCGUUGAAAUCGCCGCGGGGCUCAUCGGGUGCGUCGCCGUGGAGAAGCUGGGCCGCCGGCCCCUGCUCCUCGCCGGCUUCUGCUCCAUGGGCCUCUGCUCGGCGGGCGUCACCGUGUCCCGGCUGCUGCAGGCAGCGCUGCCCGGGAUGCGCUACGUCGCCGUCGCCUGCGUGGUCGGCAUCAUCGCCGGCUUCUGCGUGGGACCAGCCGGCGUCCCCUUCCUGAUAACGGCCGAGCUCUUCACGCAGUCGCACCGCGGGUCCCUCAACUGGCUCUCCAACUUCACCGUCGGCUUCAUCUUCCCCUUCUUGCAGAUGUCAGCUGGUGCCUUCUGCUACCUGUUUUUCUGUGGCAUCUGCCUGCUGGUGGCCAUCUACGUCUACCUCGUCAUCCCUGAGACCAAGAACAAAACCUUCGUGGAGAUCAGCCAGAUCUUCGCCGCCCGCUGCUCCGUCCUCUCCGCCCCAACCCGCCUCGUCAAGAUGGUGAAGCUUGGAGGCUACGGGACCCUGGAGAACAGCUCGCCGGAGGGGCUGGGCUCCCGGCUGCCCUGA